AUGGCUUCCUGCAAGCUCUACUCCGCACUGCUCGCCGUCGCCGUCGUGCUAACCGUCGGCCCGGCCUCGCGGCCCGUCUCAGCGGCCGCGCACCUGCACUUCUACAUGCACGACGUGCUUACUGGGUCGGCGCCGACGGCGGUGCAGGUGCUGAACGGGCCCCGGGGCCACUUCGGCGACACGAUCGUGAUCGACGACGUGCUGACGGCGAGCGAGUCGCGGUCGUCUUCGAUGGUGGGGCGGGCGCAGGGCCACUACAUCUGGGCGUCCACGGGGAACCCGGAGCUGCUGGUGACCAUGAACGUGGUGCUGACCUCCGGCCCCUACGCCGGCAGCUCCGUCACCGUGGUGGGGCGCGACGACAUCGGCGCGUCAGUCAGGGAGCUGUCGGUGGUCGGCGGCACGGGGCAGUUCAGGAUGGCGCGCGGGUACGUGCUGUGGAAGACUGUCAGCCUCGACCACCCCAAUGCCGUGCUCGAGCUCGACGUCUACGUCAUGUGA